UUUUGUUAUUUUUUUUUCCCUUUUUUUUUUUCUUUUCUCUCCCUCUUUUUUCUUUUAUUUCCCUCCCCCUCAUAUUAUUCUUUCUAAUUGAUUACUAUGCCAACAACAAGUGCAGAGGAUAAUUUAAUUGUUGUUCCAUUGGAAAAUAAAGUCUUGUUACCUGCUGUUGUUUUAAAGAUAAAUAUGCGAGGUAGAGAUGCAGUCGCUCUUGCACGUCAGCAUUUGAGAUCUAAUGAGCAACGUAAGCCUACCUAUAUUGCUUGCAUUCCUUUAAUUAACAAAGAUGAUCAACAUCAACCUGUUGCUGCUGCUACUGCUGAUGACGACGAAUCUACAAGAAAUACAAAAGACGAAGGGUUUAUAAGACCAGAAGAAAAAGAUCGUCUCUUUCAUUUUGGUUGUACAGCUCGUAUCAUUCGAAUUCAAAGAUCAGGCUUAGGAGCCUUUACCAUGUUUAUUGAAGGAGUCUCUCGUUUCAAAGUUCAGAGCUACAGUCAACAAGAUCGUAGCCCUCUCUAUGUGAAAAUAAAGAUAGCCAUGGAUAACGAUAGCGAUGAAAAAAGUGAUGAAAUGAUUCGUUUCAAGGCUCUUGUAAGAGAGUUUCUUGUCAAAAUGAAAGAACUUCAAAUGCCUGCUAAUUUGAUCCAACAAUUAAAUAAAUUGAUGGAUUCAGUCUCACCCCUUCUUUUAGCUGACUUGUUGAUGUCAGUCAUUGAAACUUCUUUUGAUGAAAAAUUAAUCAUGUUAGCAACUACAAGUUUGAAAGAAAGGAUAGAAAAAGCUAGUGAAUGGAUGACGAGACAACUUCAUGUCCUCAAGAUAUCAGAGCAAGUUCAUUCUAGUAUUGAAGGUAAAUUGAGUAAAAAGCAAAGAGAAUUCUAUCUCCGUCAACAGCUUGAGGCGAUCAAAAAAGAGUUAGGAGAAAAGGAUGGCACACAUGGUGAAAAGGAAGAAGACGAUUUAGAACUCUUGAGUAAUAAAUUAGCCGCAGCUGAAUUACCAGAAGAAGCAUCUAUUAUAGCUCAAAGAGAGCUUAAACGUCUAAAGAAACUUCAACCUAUUUCAAGUGAAUAUGCAGUUGCUCGAAACUAUUUAGAAUUAUUAGCUGACUUACCAUGGAACAAAAAAUCAAAGGAUACUAUUGAUAUUAGACAAGCUAAACAAAAACUGGAGGAAGAUCAUUUUGGUUUAGACCACGUUAAGAAACGUAUCAUCGAGUAUCUUUCAGUUAUUAAAAUUAAAGGCGAUUUAAGAGCACCUAUCAUUUGUUUUGUUGGACCUCCUGGUGUAGGAAAAACUUCACUUGGAAAAUCAAUUGCUUCAUCUUUAGGUCGUGAAUUUCAUCGUAUUUCAUUAGGUGGUGUUCGUGAUGAAGCAGAAAUGAGAGGCCAUAGACGCACUUAUGUGGGUGCUAUGCCAGGCUUAAUUAUUCAGGGAUUAAGAAAAUGCAAAGUGAAUAAUCCUUUAUUUUUAUUAGACGAAAUUGAUAAGCUUGUACAAUCUUCUCACUAUGGUGAUCCUGCAGCAGCUUUAUUAGAGGUUUUAGAUCCAGAACAAAACAACAGUUUUACAGAUCAUUAUCUGAAUCUUCCUUUUGACCUUUCUAAUGUAUUAUUUAUUGCAACUGCCAAUAGUGUGGAGACUAUUCCAGAACCUUUAUUAGAUCGUAUGGAAUUAAUCACCUUGAAUGGUUAUACCUUUGAAGAAAAGCUACAUAUUGCUAAAUCACAUUUGUUACCAAAGCAAUUGCUCGUACAUGGUCUUGAUAAGGGCCAGGUCGAGAUGUCAGAUAAGGUUAUUUUAAAGCUAGCAGAAAAUUAUACUCGUGAGAGUGGUGUUCGUAGUUUAGAAAGAACGAUUGCAUCUGUUGUUCGCGCCAAAUGUGUCGAAUUGGCUAAUUUUCGUGAAUUAAAUAAAGAAUUAGAAUACAGUUCAAUAGUAUCUUUAUCUCAUAUUGAAGAAAUCUUGGGUAUGCCAUUUUAUGAAAAAGAAGUUGCGGAGAGAGAUCCUUUACCAGGUGUAGUUACUGGUUUAGCUUAUUCGGGCAGUGGGAAUGGUGGCAUUUUAUUUAUUGAAUCAACUAAAAUGCCCGGUCAUGGCGAUUUACAUUUAACAGGAUCUUUGGGUGAUGUAAUUAAAGAGUCAGCUCAUUUAGCUUUAACAUGGGUCAAGGCUCACGCAUAUAGUUUAAAGGUUGUACCGAGAGAAGGGGAUAAUUUAGUCGAAAAAUAUGAUGUUCAUAUUCAUGUACCUGGUGGGGCUGUUCCAAAAGAUGGUCCAAGCGCAGGUGUCACUAUAGUAACUUCACUUGUGUCGCUUUUUUCUGGGUACCAUGUACCUACAACCACAGCUAUGACAGGUGAAAUCUCAUUAAGAGGUCAGGUAUUACCUGUAGGAGGAAUUAAAGAAAAAGUCGUGUCUGCACAUCGCGCUGGUAUUCAGAAAAUUAUUUUACCAUUUCGCAACAAAAAGGAUGUAGACCAAGAUGUUCCUAAUAAGGUAAAAGAAGAUAUUAAAUUUGUGUAUACAAAGAAUAUUUGGGAUGUUUUGGAGGCUGCCUUAGUUAUUAAUGAAAAAGAAAAGUGGAAUACUCGAGUGUAUGAAAAUCGCUUGUAAAUGCACAUGGUUCAAUUUUAAUAAAUACAAACUCCGUCUUAUGUUGAUUGGUUAGAUUUCAGAAGUAUAAUAAAAAAAAGUUUAAAUACACUUUUCUAACAA